AUGCUAUCAACCCACCUCCUCUUCCUCGCCACCACCCUCCUCACAUCCCUCUUCCACCCCAUCGCCGCCCAUGUCGCCAAGCGCAGUGGCAGCCUCCAACAAAUCACCGAUUUCGGUGAUAACCCCACAGGUGUAGGCAUGUACAUCUACGUGCCUAACAACCUGGCCUCGAAUCCAGGUAUCGUGGUUGCAAUCCACUACUGCACCGGCACUGGCCCCGGCUACUACAGCAACUCCCCCUACGCCACCCUCUCCGAGCAAUACGGUUUCAUCGUGAUCUACCCGUCCAGCCCGUACUCCGGAGGCUGCUGGGACGUGAGUUCGCAGGCAACGCUGACACAUAACGGAGGUGGAAACAGUAACUCGAUUGCCAACAUGGUCACCUGGACGAUUAGCGAGUACGGGGCGAAUAGCAAGAAAGUGUAUGUGACGGGAUCGAGCUCGGGGGCUAUGAUGACGAACGUAAUGGCAGCAACCUACCCUGAACUCUUCGCCGCCGGCACCGUCUACUCCGGCGUCUCAGCCGGCUGCUUCUACUCGGACACUAACCAAGUGGACGGAUGGAAUUCUACCUGCGCACAAGGAGACGUUAUCACCACCCCGGAACACUGGGCUAGUAUUGCCGAGGCAAUGUAUCCAGGGUACUCGGGAAGCCGGCCAAAGAUGCAGAUCUACCACGGCAGUGUGGAUACGACGCUGUAUCCGCAGAAUUAUUACGAGACGUGCAAGCAAUGGGCUGGAGUGUUUGGGUACGAUUACAGUGCACCGGAGUCGACGGAGGCGAAUACUCCGCAGACGAAUUAUGAGACGACGAUUUGGGGAGAUAAUCUGCAGGGAAUCUUUGCGACGGGCGUGGGUCAUACGGUGCCGAUUCAUGGGGAUAAGGAUAUGGAGUGGUUUGGGUUUGCUUGA